GAUAAACUUAUUAAAUAGGUUAGCUAUGCCCAAGAAAGCAGGAAAAAAGAAAAAUAAGUUUGAUUUCCUUGAUAACGACAAACCCGAGACAGAUGGAAUUACUGAAGCCUCUAAGGAAGUUGUUAGUGAUUUGAAAGACUUGAGUAUCAAAUCCCAAGCCCCAGAAGCACCUGUGUUCGAAACAGAAACAGCCACCAAUGGGAAGUCGGACGCUCUCGAAGAUGAUGAAGAGGAAAAAAUGUACGACUCUGAGGAAGAAGCAGCAAAACUGAGGCUGGAGCGCGAUGAGAAGUUGGCAACUGAAUCAGCAGCCAAGAUGUCAAAGAAAGAUAUGCGCAAACAGAAGAAAAAGGAAAAAUUACAGUCUCAAUACGACGCUAUUAUUAAUCAUGGUGAUGGUGACCAAUUCACACUAGCACAGCAAGAUGACGCUUAUAAAGGGCUGGAAAACGCGAUUGACAUUCAAAUUAACCGAUUUAGCUUAUCGGCAAGAGGCAAAGAACUAUUUGUGAAUGCUGAUUUGCACAUCACAAAUGGCAGGAGAUAUGGCCUUGUAGGCCCAAACGGACACGGAAAGACAACACUUUUACAACACAUUGCAGCUCGCAAACUAAACAUUCCUCCGAAUAUAGAUGUACUGUUAUGCGAACAAGAAGUUAGGGCUGAUGAUACUCCGGCGUUUGAAGCAGUCUUAGAAGCUGACACAGUUAGAACUUCGUUGCUAGCCAAGGAGGCUGAACUUACACAGCAGUUAGAAGCCUCGACAGGAACAUCAGCAGAGUCAAUAGCAGAACAACUGAAAGAAGUCUCAGAAGAGCUAAAGGCGAUCGGAGCAGAUUCAGCGGAGUCGAGAGUGCGCCGAAUCCUAGCGGGUCUCCAGUUCACAGAAGAGAUGAUGCGCAGACCUACAAAACAUUUCUCAGGAGGUUGGAGGAUGAGGGUAUCUUUAGCCAGAGCCCUGUUUGUGGAACCGACACUUCUUUUGCUAGACGAACCGACAAAUCACUUGGACCUCAAUGCUGUCAUCUGGCUCGAUCACUAUCUUCAGGAGUGGAAGAAGACAUUACUAAUAGUGUCUCACGACCAGAGCUUUCUGGACAAUGUGUGCACGGACAUCAUUCACCUGGACAUGCAGAAGCUGUUCUAUUACAGAGGCAACUACUCCCAAUUCAAACACAUGUUGACUCAGAAGAGAAAAGAGCAGCUUAAAGAGUACGAGAAACAGGAGAAGGCCAUCAAGGAGAUGAAGGCCAACAACAAGAGUAAAAAGGCAGCCGAGAGUGAAAUGAAAAGCAAGCAAGCUAAAAAGGCAGAGAAAGAUAAGAAAACGGGGAAGAACAGAGGCCAAGAGGACGACGAAGAUCAGGGACCAGCUGAGCUGCUGAAGAGACCCAAAGAGUACAAGGUCAAGUUCAAUUUCCCGAACCCGCCCAAACUAUCCCCACCCAUAUUGGGCUUGCACGACGUCACGUUCCAGUACAACGAUAAAAGUCCAAUAUUGUUCAAAGACAUCAAUUUUGGAAUUGAUAUGUCAACGAGGAUAGCAAUCGUGGGUCCCAACGGGGUCGGCAAAAGUACAUUUUUGAAUUUAUUAAUGGGCAAAUUGGAACCCUCGAAAGGAGAACGGACUGUGAACCACAGGGUAAGAAUUGGGUUUUAUAAUCAGCACUCGGCUGACCAACUUGACACGACUAAGACGCCAGUGGAGUAUCUGAAUUCGAAGUACGACUUGGGAUACCAGGAUGCGCGCAAGUGUCUGGGAUCAUUUGGGCUUGAGGGACACGCACAUACUAUCAAGAUAUCAGACUUGUCCGGAGGGCAGAAGUCUCGUGUGGCGUUUGCAGAUCUGUCGUGUUCUGCUCCUGACAUUCUGAUCUUAGACGAACCCACCAAUAACCUGGACCUGGAAUCCAUCGACGCCUUAUCGGACACUCUCUCAUCAUUUGGGGGUGGCGUUAUUCUGGUGUCGCAUGACGAGCGUCUUUUGCGAGUGACCGAGUGCUGUCUAUGGAGCAUAGAAGACAAAACAGUGUUCGAGAUAGAGGGAGACUUCGACGACUACAGAGACUACGUCCUACGCAGUCUAGAGGAAGUGCUGAACAAAUGACGUCAUUUCGUUAUUGCAAUAAUUAAUAAUUUGUGGUCUCAUAAAACACCCAUAGACUAUACGAGGACGAGAUUACUUACCUUGAGACGAUGUUGGGAAGAGAGAAAGAGAGUUUGUGCUAUUUGAAAAUUGAAUGAUAUUUUUAAAUAUCUGGCUGAGAAUUGGUUGUGUUUUGUUGAUGGGAUUGAAUCCUUGUGAAAAUGCGGAAAUGUUUAAUCUAAUUUAAGUAUCCAGAAACUA